AUGUCAAAGACAACUGCUCAGGGAAAAGACUCUAUCAGCUUUGACGACAUCGCGGGCAAGAUGGCUAGAGCGAACAUGAAUUUUGAGGAGCUGAAGAGACUAAAAAAGAAAAUGGAAGGGCUGGAGAAGGAUAUAGCUUCUGAGAAACAUGAAAUCGAAGGAAAAGAAGCAAUGAUAGACCAAUUCAAAAAGAAGAUUCUUAUCCUCGGACAAGAUGCCGUUAUCGAGCGGAAAUACCCAAAAGUCUGGGCAGAAGGAAUCUGGUUGGGUAGACCCAACUUUCUUUUUUCAAAUGAGGGACACUGUCCUGUGCCUGACCUGGGACAGUUAAAUCUUGAAAUCGGAGAAGUCAUCGAUAGACGCGAUGUUUUCGAAAAAUCCCUUGGAACUUCGAAAAGACGUCUUCAGCUUAUGCUGAUCCAUCUGGAUUGGACAAAAACUGCGUUUAGCUUGAUGAAGGAGGAACUAGACGGUUUCUUUACCGAAAAGAGCGUUCUUUCGUUUCCUGAAACGGACAAACCUAAGUGGUUUACUUUUGUAUCGAAUGCCAUCGACGGAACGUCUCAAAAAUUUCAGCCAACAAUGGCAACUGAAACCAAUCCGGGUGCGGGUUCGGAGAACGUUGCCUUUGUCAGUUAUUCCGCAAUGGACCAUGCUAAGCAAUUUUCGAUCGAAGAGCUCCGUAUGCAAGAUUAUUUAUCUAAUAGAAAAGCACCUGCGGUCGACCAGAAACCCACACUUCCCCUUCCUGCCGACAUUAAACCAUCACCUGUAAAACUGGCAUUGUGA